UGCCGUCUGUUGCCAUGGAUACUGAAGCUUAGUGGAAGCUCGUCCGAUCUGCUAGCUCCCUUAGCCACCUUUCUUGCACACUUUUCAAGGGAUACUACAGAAAGCCAUGGCGUCGGGUUUAGAUGCUCUUUGGGAGGACCGUGACGUUCGCUUCGAUAUAACAGCACAGCAGAUGAAAACUCGACCUGGAGAAGUGCUAAUAGAUUGUUUGGACUCCAUCGAGGACACAAAAGGAAAUAACGGAGAUCGAGGGCGACUUCUAGUGACAAACCUGAGGAUUAUUUGGCAUUCGUUGGCCCUGCCGAGAAUCAAUUUAUCUGUGGGUUACAACUCCAUUAUUAACAUCACAACAAGGACAGCAUACUCGAAACUCCGAGGCCAGACCGAAGCCCUCUACAUUCUGACCAAGUCCAACAACACAAGAUUUGAGUUCAUCUUCACUAACGUGGUUCCAGGAAGUCCCCGACUCUUUACCUCCGUCAUUGCUGUGCACAGAGCCUAUGAAACUUCUAAAAUGUACAGAGAUCUCAAAUUGCGGGCUGCGCUUAUUCAGAACAAAAACUUGCGUCUCUUACCAAGGGAGCAAGUUUAUGACAAAAUCAAUGGAGUCUGGAAUUUAUCCAGUGAUCAGGGGAACCUUGGAACUUUUUUCAUCACAAAUGUGCGGAUAGUCUGGCAUGCAAAUAUGAACGAGAGCUUCAAUGUCAGCAUUCCUUACCUCCAGAUUUGGUCUAUCAGAAUAAGAGACUCCAAAUUUGGUUUGGCUUUGGUGAUCGAGAGUUCCCGCCAGAGUGGCGGCUAUGUGCUGGGGUUUAAGAUUGACCCUGUGGAUAAACUUCAGGAUGCUCUUAAAGAAAUCAACUCGCUCCAUAAGGUGUUCUCUGCCAACCCCAUCUUUGGAGUGGAAUAUGAAAUGGAAGAAAAGCCGCUGCCUUUGGAAGAAGUGACCAUGGAGCAGCAUCCGGAUGAUGUGGAAAUUGAGCCUGACGAGCAGACGGAUGCUUUCACUGCCUAUUUUGCUGAUGGCAACAAGCAACAAGACCGUGAACCCGUUUUUUCUGAGGAGCUGGGCCUCGCCAUUGAAAAGCUGAAGGAAGGAUUCACUCUCCAAGGACUGUGGGAAGUCAUAAACUGAAAUGAUAUUGAUCAAUGAUGUAAUCUCUAUGCUUGGGGUGGGUCACCAUAUGUACCUUUAGUGUAGGUGUUCAAUGUGUGCCCUCUCCUCAGAGACUAUAAUGUCAUGUCAACAGAACACAGAUGUUGAAAAAAAUGCACACUGAUGUUGAAAAAAAAUCUCCAUUCACACAAAUGGAGUUAAAAAAAAUAUCAGUCCACAUAAAAACACCUAAUGUCAAAACACCACAUUUGAGCCAAUCAGAAACCUGAAAACACGCACGUCUGCCGCUGCAGGAAAAUGAAAACCAACACUAAUAAGUCCCUCGCCACAUUGCAUUUUGAAGUUUGCAGCUUUAUUCUAUCAUGGAUUUUUGUUUUUUGGCCUAAGUUAUAAUUUUUCAUAAAUACAAAUGUCUAAAUGAACUAAAAAUAUCAAUACUACAGUAAUAUUGGCCACUAGAUGAAACCAAAGUGAUCAUAGCGCUGUUCAGUAUCGUGGCCACUGAUUGGCUCAGCCUUAAGCAGCAUUACUAUAUUGGAUUAGGAAAAUGUAAAGGUGAUCAUGUGGAUGGUAUUUCAUGUUUACAAGCUCUAGUAGUGUAAACAAAACUUAUUUAGAAGGUCAUGAAUGUGCAGAAAUGUAUUUCCCACAGUCAGGCCUGGAACAAAUGAAGCAAGGGAUUACUGUACAUUCAUGAUUGGCUGUGUUUCAAAACAAAUACUUUUAGGACACAAACGUAAAAGCUCCAUUUCACCAGUCUACACACAUUAAAAAAGAUGCGUUUUUAAAUUAUUCAAACAGAUUUGGACAUGGCCUAUUUCUCUCGGGGACUCCCCAAUAACAAAUAUUUCUGGAGUUUUCUUCUCACCAAAGACUUUCAUCAGAAACUAAAAAUCAAUCAAUUUGGCUUUUGACAUAAUUGACAUUAGCUUAGAAGCUUUAAAAAAAGUUAUUUUUCUUAAGCUGCUGUGCCUCCCUUGAAGCCUUCUAGCAUCUCCCAAAUAUAAAAAGCACACAAAAGGCCCUUCCAGGUGAUCCCACCCAUUGUCUUUGAAGAUAUUGUGAUUAUUAUAUUAUAUUUUUGUAGCAUAGAUAGUUUUUCAUUGUAGUGAAUAUGUGCACGGCAGAUUUAUUGUAAACUGACUUGUGUAUUGAGUAAAAUGAAAUGUGUAAGCUACUUAAAGCAAAUAAAU